GCCAAAUAAGAAAAAAUGCUGUUUGAAAGUCCCGUCGCCGCCGCAAAAAUGUUCCCAUACAGUGUGCCUCCACCGAUACAGGGUGCUGCUGCAGUCCCAGUGCAAAAUCUAAGAUUGCAUGGAACCACCUUUAGCGCUGGAACCUUGGACGCAAGCGGCCUGCUCGAACAUGACCUACACAACGGACUGGUGCCAAUCAAAACAGCGAACCUACUCACCCCGCAAGCGGCUGCCGUCGUUGCCCAUCAGAACAGAGAUCAACAACAACAGCAACAACAACAGCAGCAGCAACAGCAGCAGGUGCAGCAGCAACAGCAAUUGCAACAGGAGCAGAAAAUUCUGGCCAACAGUCAGCUCACCUUGGUCAGCAAUGCCGCGACAAAUACCUGCAACAAUAUGACAAAAGCCAACUCCACUAACGGCAGUUCCUCGGGACGAUCAACGCCGAACAGCAGCAGCGAUCCGGCACCCGGUAAGCUGUUUGUCGGUGGUCUCAGCUGGCAAACGUCGUCGGAAAAGUUGAGCGAAUAUUUCGGCAUGUUUGGCAAGGUAACCGAUGUGCUGAUCAUGAAGGAUCCCAUCACGCAGCGAAGCCGAGGUUUCGGAUUCAUCACCUUUCAGGAGCCAAAUAGCGUAGACAAAGUUCUCCAAGUGCCAAUCCACACGCUGGAUGGGAAGAAAAUAGAUCCGAAACAUGCAACUCCCAAGAACCGACCGAAAACACAGUCGAACAAAACGAAGAAAAUUUUCGUGGGAGGUGUCUCGCAGGAUACUUCCGCUGAAGAGGUUAAGCAAUAUUUCAGCGUAUUCGGUAAGGUUGAGGAGACAGUCAUGCUGAUGGAUCAGCAAACGAAGCGUCACCGGGGCUUUGGGUUCGUCACAUUCGAGCACGAGGACGUGGUGGAUCGGGUGUGUGAGAUUCAUUUCCAUACCAUCAAGAACAAGAAAGUUGAAUGCAAAAAGGCCCAACCGAAGGAAGCUGUGACUCCCACUGCUCAGCAGCUGCUGCAAAAAAGAAUCAUUUUGGGUAAUUUGGGACUGCCGAUCGCGAAUCCGGCAACAGCUCGCCUAGUGGGAGCUGCUCAGGCUCAAGCCCCACUCGUAAGCCAACUGGCUAAUCCACUGAUGGUGCAAGCGCAGGCCCAGGCUGCCCAUCAAGCGGCCGCUGCGGCCGCAGCCAUGCAGGUUCAGAAUGGAUUCGGCAAAGUGUUCACUACAUAUCCACCUACAUUGCAUAGCUUUAGGUACGCACCAUAUCCGAUGCCUUCGGCUGCUGCGCAGCAUGCCGCAGUAGCUGCCUCGGCAGCCACACAGCUUACUGGUGCACAAGCUGCAAGCCAAUCUCUUCCGCAUGCCCAAUCGAUAGCUGGAGCCACCGCUCAACCGGCACCGCAGCAGCCUACCGCCACCCCUCAACAGGCAGCUCAGGCAGCUGCUACUCAUCAUCAACUUGUCCCCGCAGGCCUUGCGGCCGGAGCCAAUCCCUAUCAGGGAUACAGUCUGGCCAAUGUCGAUAUGUCGAGCUUCCAGAACGUGGACUGGGGCUCGAUGUACGGCAUGGGAAUAUUGUUUUCCGAGGCACACUGUUGAGUGAGUUGCGUUGAGCGAUUCGAGGCUAAUCCUGCUCGUUCAUACAUAGUUCAAAAGUAGAAGCAGGAGCCAUUCCAACCUUAGUGUAUAACUUGGUCUUUCACUUUCCCGCUUUUACGAUUGGUACCAUUGAAUGCGAACGGGAAUCUUUCGAGAACGGAAGUGCCGAAACGAAAAAAAAACUGUGCCAGUGUGAUAAUUGCGGCAAACUGCGUAAGUGUGAUAAGGUCCUU